ACACAGGCACACAAACACACACCCGAUUUGAAGAGAAGUAUUUGUGCUUUUGUUUUAUUAUUAUUUUUCUGGCUGAUAAGAAAAAACGCCGUGCCGCUUAUCAGCAAUGCACAACAAGAAAUCAACUGACAGCGAGAUGUGAGAUGUGAAGCGAAAGCGAACGAAAAUAGAAACAAAAGGCGAUAAAUGACGGCUAAAGCAAAAAUUUAUAUACACGACGACGAUGUGAGGCACAAAAGCUAAAACGAACGUAAUAACAAUCAAACAGUUAAUCUAAUAGAGACUAAGAACGUGGACGUUAUUUAAAAUGAUCAAUGGCAACGGAUAGCGAAUGUAAUCAGUGUGAUAAUUGAUCCAGUUUUAGUUCAAUAAUAACCUCUAAUCUAAACGAAUUUAAUGCAAACAAAGAAUAAGACAUUUUUCAUUUAAUUAUUUUUUCAUCUACUGUUCUGUGUAAUAUUCGAAUUACAAGAAGUUAAAUAAAGUGAAUAGUUUCACACAUACACACAAAUACAUACAUAUAUGUAAAUGAUAUUUUAUUAUUGACGCUCAGCAUGUUGAAAACGAAGCAAUUGCUAAAACAAUUUGCCAAAGAAUAUUCAAACUUUGCGCCCACAAACUUUAAUUUGAAGCGUGCUCUGGUCGUAACGAAACUGUCGCGCUAUGAAGUGGAGCAACUGCGUCAUCCGGAACUGUCACGCGAACAGUUGGACCAAAAGCUACGAGAUCGUGGCACCGACGUCGAAAUGCUCCUUUAUUUGCACAAUCUCCACAAGGACUUUGAGCGUCGAGUUGUGCAGAGCUUUAAGGAUGUGGGAUGCGAGGUUAAAAUGUCCAGCAGACUUGAAUUUAGAAGCUCUCUGAGCAAGGAUGUCAUGAGCUGGGCGGAUGUUAUAGUGCCCGUUGGCGGUGAUGGUACCUUUUUGCUAUCCGCCAAUCGGGCCAGUCCCUUGUUUGCGCUUAGCCAGCAGAAAACGCCGAUUGUUGGCUUCAACUCGGAUCCAAAGCACUCGGAGGGUCGUCUCAUGUUGCCCAAACACUACUCGGACAAUCCCGCCGAAGCCGUGGAGCGCAUCAAGAACGGUGACUUUAAAUGGGUACAUCGGUCACGGAUACGCACCACGCUUUUGGGCAGCAAUGGAACGAUUCCUGAGUCAACGGAUUUGUUUAGACACACGGCGGUCAAAAUGGAGCAGGUGACCACAUCACCGGAGGUUCUCGAUGAUAACAUGGCCAGCAAGUACAAGGCCAAAAUGAAGCGUGUUCUACCCUAUCUGGCAUUAAACGAGGUUUUCAUUGGGGAACAUCUGUCGGCACGAGUGUCACAUUUGCAGCUGGUACUGAAUCAUCAGGAUUUGGUGAACAAAACAAAGUGCUCUGGACUGUGCGUAAGCACUGGCACUGGUUCCACAUCCUGGCACACUAGCAUCAAUCGCAUCACCGGCUGUGAUGUCGAUGAGCUGCUGCGAACGCUUCCCAAUGCUGAUACGCCGGAUAUGCAAAAGCUGCUCGAGAACGUGGAGGAAAUUGCACAGGUGUACAAUCAAAGAUUGCUCUUUGCACCCGACGAUCCUCGACUGUGCUACUCGAUCCGAGAGCAAAUCUGUGUGGGCGUCUGGCCAUCUCCAAAGACAUUCAAGGCACGCGAUUUUGUGCAGAGUGUGUUUGUCGAAUCCCACUGCAUUGAUGCCAAUCUGGUGAUUGAUGGCAGCAUAUGCUAUCCGUUUAACGACGGUGCCAAAGUGCUGCUGGAGGUUUAUCCGGAGGAUGCGUUGCUGACGAUCAAUCUAGACUGAAGAAACCUGCAACUGAAUUGAGAAAAGUGCCUGAAAGAUGAAUCCCCGAACCAAGGCUGCAACUGCUGCAUUUUUGUUGAAGCAUGUCUGAAAUAUUGAAAUUACAUACAUACAUAUUUAAUGAUGCAUUGCGCAACUGCUUAGUAGUGUAAGCUCAAAAGUAAUUUGUUAUAAUACAUAUACACAUUUAUUUAAAUUUAAACUGAA